AUGCUAUAAAGAGUUAAAAGUUUGUCACCAGCAAAAAUGAGUAGAAAUAAAACCCCAAAUAGCUCUUCUUAAUUCAUUAACGGAUAAAUGAGCAGAGAAUAUAAAGAUGAAUUAAAUUAAUUGGUUUACAUAAUUUACUUAGAUGAAGAUAAUAGCAUCGAAGUAAGAGUACCCAAAGAUAGCUCUGUAGCCAGAUUAACUUAGAGAGUCAAAGCUUUGGCCUAACAAAUUCUCUUUCCAAACUAUGAAAAUAUAGUCUGCUUGGAAACUGUUGGUGAAAAUGAAGUUAUAGAUUACUAUUUAACUCAGCCUAAUAAAAAAGUUAAUCAGAUAAGAGAAAACAUCCUUCUUAAGCCAGUUUAUGCAUAAAAAAGCGAUAAGGCUAACCAAAAAGAAUAAGAAUUAAAUAUUCAUGACUUCACUUUCUUAAAGUGCUUGGGAAAGGGAGGUACAUCUGAUGUGUUUUUAGUUAGACAUAGAGAAUCUUGUAAAUUAUUUGCCCUCAAAAUGAUUCCCAAAACUCAUUUGAGUGAAUAUAAAAGAUUAGAGUAGUUAUUGCGUGAAAGAAAAAUUUUAAUUGACGCUGCAAAAGCACCAUUCAUUGCAAGUCUUCAUGCAUGCUUUGAAUCUGAGUAUCACCUGAAUUUCCUUUUAGAAUUCUAUUGUGGAGGAGAGCUCUUCUUUCACCUUUAAAAUCGUAAAUUAACAGAAAAUGAAUCAAAAUUUUACUUUGUAGAAAUUUUGAUUUGCUUUGAGUAUCUUCACUCGAAUAAGAUUCUUUACAGAGAUUUGAAACCUGAAAAUAUUGUAUUGGAUAUGGAUGGUCAUGUUAGAUUGACAGACUUUGGUCUUUCUAAAAUUGGAAUGCAUAGAGAAGAGAUGACUGAUUCAUUCUGCGGUUCUCCCGAAUAUAUGGCACCUGAAGUCUUGUUGCGUUAAGGCUACAACUAUUCAGUUGACUUCUAUACACUUGGUGCCUUUUUAUAUGAGUUAGUUACUGGAUUGCCUCCAUUCUAUGCUAACAAUACUGAAACUAUAUUGAAAAAUAUUGCAAAUGAAGAACUCGAAGUUCCAGAUUAUUUAAAUCCUCAUCUAAGAGAGUUACUCUACUAGUUGCUUGAUAAGAGACCAAAUCAUAGAAUAAAAUCAUUUGAAGACAUUAAGUCAUGCAAAUGGUUUAGUGAUGUGAAUUGGAAGGAUAUUCUAAACUUAAAGAUUUAGCCUCCUAUACAAAUAGACAUAAAUCAAUCAUAUAUACACUCUGAAUUUAGAGAAAUACAAGUACCAAACAUCACCUCUCGUAAAAAUAACAAAGAAUCUCUUUUCAGCUUUUUUUAUUACGUAAAUCCUACCUCCGUAAAAUUGUUAAGCAGACAAAACCUUUUGGAAAUAGAAAUAGAGAAAGAACCAAAUAAUACUCAAGUGAACACUUAAGGAAGAGAAAGCUUCCCAAUGACUACAUAAAAUAAUCACUCUCAAAGUACAUUACAGAAUGAUAAAAGAUCUUAAUAAAAGAAAAUGCACAAUUCAAUGCAAUCUCAUCAGACAUCAGCAGCUCCAAGCUAUUCAAGAUAACAAGGUGCAAUACAUCACCAACAAAAUUCUUUUAAUAUUUAAGAUACUAGUUAAAAUAAUAAAAGUAACUGUGUAGGUGUUUCUCAAAGUGGGGUAUAUAAUAUUAAUGCAGGCAUAAAUAGCAAUAACAACAAUAACAAUAGCUAUUACUUUACAAAUACUACUAAUGUUAAUAGCGGUUUAAAUACAAAUAUUAACAAUAUUUCUUAUGGAAACGGGCAAAGUCAAAUUGGUAUUAACUAAAAUGAGCAGUGCCCUAGCUCUUCAAGAAAUAGUGUUCCAAUUAAAUUAUCAAAUGGAAUUUCAAAUCAAAGCUAUUCGAAUUCUACAUCCACAACAACGACAAAUGCAAAUAAUUAAUUUAUCUAACAGUUUACAUCAUAGAAGCGCACAAAUACAGAAAAUAGUGCUUCGCGUAAUUAGGCUAGCAGUUAGUAAAAUACAGCUAAGAAAAGCACUUCUAACAAACCUAGCUUUAUAGCUAAUAAUAGCAUAGGUGGUUCUGUUUAUGGAACAAAUAAUCAUAACAUGAGCAACUAAAAUGCUCACUUAGGAAUGAAUAUGUCAAAUACUUUAAAUGGUAAUAUUGCAGUUGCAGCAGCUAUGCUUAAACCUUAAAAUAAAUUUUUAGAUUUAGAUAUUUUGAAAAAUGGUUAUAAUAAUGUACAGACUUAAAUUAAGGACAAGUCUGUUGAUUCUGCAGCUCUUAUUAAGAGUUUCCUGAAGGGUUAGAUGAGCUUUUCUACAAAAAGCUUAAAAAAUAAUAGUGGGACAGGUGUAAAUUCUAAUGCACCUAACUCUCAUCAUCUGAAUUACCAUCAAAUUAACUAACUAGCAUAAAAUUAAGCUCAAAUGAAUCAAUAUGGUGGAACCACAACAAAUUCAACUGCUGCCCAUCACGCAGUUUCUUCUUCUUAAGAUAAAAAGAGAUAUAUGUCUCCUUGCUAUUCCCCUAAGAAUUAUCAGAUGUUGGAGGCAAAAAGACCAGUUACUGCAUCUAAUGCUAAUGCUAAAAAGAAAGCCCCAUUAGAAAAGAGAGAAGACUCUCUUUCGAUCAUACAUCCUGCCUCCAACAGUGUACGUAAUGAUAAUACUUAUUGCAGUAAUUCUUUGUAAAAUGAUUUGUAGCCAAUUAGCAGUACUAUUGGAUAGAAUUAAUCUAAUUAGCUUUAAUCCCAUCUUCUAUCUUAUCCCCCAAAUAGUGCAACAAGCUCAUAUUCAAACAAUAUGAACAGUACAAACACAGCUAAUACUACAACAAAUUCUUAAACUAAUUCUAACAACAAUAAUUAAAAAUCUAUCUCUAAUGCUGCUGCAAAAUCUCUAUCUUUUUAGUCGAAAAAUAUUUAUGCUACAACAACAACUACGACUCCUUCAGCUGCUAUGAGCAGUAAAAUUAGUAAUAAUCACAACAUCCACUCAAUCAAUAAUAAAGAAAAUAAUUAUUAAAUAGGUGGGGCUAUCUAAAAGAAAAAGAAUAGCUGUGGGAACAUGACAGGUCUCUCUUCAACUAACUUGGCAAAGGUGGCUCAAUCUUCUCUUUUGUUGCCUUCAAGCUCUUUAGGAGGUAGCAUAACCACUAGUAUAACAACAACCAAUCUUCAUAGAAACAAUGUGUCUUCAUCAGAAUCAUCUAGUGGUCCAUAUCAAUCUCUAGGACAAUCUUCAAAUUUGAAUAUCCCUUCAAUAAUGUCUUCAUAAUAAUAAAUUUAGUCUAAUUCUAUGCUCUAGCAUUACCUUACUUCUGAUUUAAAUAUGAUGUCUUCUGGCUCUAACAACCAGUAAUCUUUGCAAAGAAUUAAUCCAAACAUGAUUAAAUCAGCGACUAAAAAAACUCACAAUAAGUAAAAAUCAAAUUAAAACAGCAGAAAAUCAUUAGAACCUUAACACAAAAAAUUGUCAAUAAAUGAUAACUUAUACUCUGCUAAAAACAAUUUUAUUAAAUAUUUUGAAGACAUAACAUCAUAAAGUAAAAAGCAGUCUUUACUUUCAACUAAUGUUUCUAAAUCACAGAAAUCAUCUAUGAAGGACUCUUAGACUCCCCAGAAAGCUUUAGAUUUUGGAAUGAUUCCUUCUUCCACAACUAAUUUGAACAAAAGACACACUUUACAUGGAAAUUUUUGA